AUGCUUGCAAAUUCUCCUCCACAUACUGAUCUUAUUGCAACAGUAUCAAAUCGUUUUCAUUUUAAAGCUAUUGUUUAUAUUCUUGUAAUUCUUUUUGGUUUGGGUACAUGGACAAAUUUAGCUGGUGUUUGGAUUCAAUUACCAAUAAUUACUCCAAUUUUACCAGAAUCAUGGCAUUUACCAGCUAAAUUAACUUUAAUUAUUAAUUCAGCAAAUAUCUUUCCAAUUCUUAUUGUUUUUGCUUCAUUAGUCUUCAAAUUCAAUACUUCAUCUUUUGAAGUUCCCGUAAAUUUUGUUCUUUUAUGUACAAGUAUUCUAUUUGCUAUUGCAUUUGCCUUUCUAUGGGAUAAAACAGCUGAUCUAUUUGGUACAAAACAGAGUGUUUAUCUGAUGGGAUUAUGUUUUAUUACAGCUAUAACCGAUUGUUUAUCAUCAACUACUUUUAUUCCAUUUUUACAUCGAUAUGAACCUAUAUAUUUGAAUGCUUAUUUUACUGGUGAAGCACUUACUGCACUUCUACCAGCUAUGAUUGGUAUUACGCAAGGUAUUGGAAAAUCAGAUUGUGUUCUUUUUGGUAAUGAAACAAAUGGAACAUUAAUUGAAGUUCAUCAUCAACCUCAAUAUUCUGUUCAAACUUAUUUUCUCUUAUUAAGUUUUUUACCAUUAUCCGCGCUAAUUGCAUUUACAAUUCUUCAAUUUAUGAAAACAGGUCGUUCAAAAAUAAAAUCAACACCAGUUAAAUCUGAACAUAAACCAUCAUCUAUAUUUAUUCUAAUGGAUAAUAUUGAAGAUAUUGAUGUUAUACAAAAUACAAUAGCAACAAUAAAUAAUAUUGAAGAUAAAUUUAAAAAACCAAAGAAAAAACCAAAUCAAUUAAAAAAAUUUCUUAUGUCAGAACCAGGAAUAUUUUUAUUUAUAGUUUUUCAAUGUAGUGCCAUGUUAUAUGGUGUAUGUCAAGGUUUAACAACAUUUUCAUUAAAUGCAUAUAGUGUAACAACAUUUCAUUAUACAAUUAUUACAAGUCAAUUUGCCUAUCCUGUUAUGACAUUAGUUGGAGCAUUUAUUCCCGAAGUAUCAUCAAAAAUCAUUUAUUCUCUUUAUGCAAUCAGUACUGGACUAUUUGUAUAUAUAUUUUUAACAGCGAAAUUAUCUCCAUGUCCUCCAUUAGUUAAUCAAAUGUUUGGUCAUCUGAUUAUCUUUUUUGUAUGGAUUUUAAUGAAUUUAACUUGUUCUUAUAUACGUAUUUUAAUGGGAAAUUAUUUUCGAAAAAAUCUUGGUCAUCGUGGCCUUAUUUGUUUUGGUAUAGCAACACAAUUAGGUGCAUUAAUUGGUGCAACUACUAAUUUUGCUCUAACAAAUACUUUUGAAUUAUUUAAAGAACGAAAUAUUUGUGAUAAAACAUUACAAUGUUUUUAA